AUGUUUAGUUUCCUCUUCAAAAGAGUCCCAAUUGGGAGAACUGUAAGAGAUUCAAUAACCCAACUGGGUUUUCUGCAAAACCCUUCAUCUCUCAGAUCCAUCUUCUCAAAAGCCUCAAGAAAUGAGAACCCUUUUGUGGUCUCUUACCUCAUCAGCUCAUAUGGGCUCUCACCCACAGCUGCCAUCUCUGCAUCCAGGAAGGUUAGUUUUGAAUCCUCUGAUAGACCAGACUCGGUUCUUACCCUCUUCAGAAACUAUGGAUUCACCGAAGUGCAGAUUUCCAGUCUCAUUAGAAAGUGGCCAUCAUUCCUCGUUGCGAAUCCUACGAAAACCCUUCUCCCUAAACUAGAGUUCUUCCAUUCGUUAGGCGUUUCGAGCCCUAACAUUGCCAAAAUCUUCUCCAACAACCCAAGGGUUUUGUACUCUAGCUUAGAAAACAAAAUCAUUCCAGCUUUUAAUUUCUUUAAGAUUUUUGUUGGGACAGUGGAGAAUGUUAUUAUUGGUCUAAAACGUGAUGCUCGUCUCAUCAAUGAUAUACAGAAUGUGGCUCAAAAUAUUGCAAUCUUGAGAGAAAAUGGAGUCCCUGAGUCUAAUAUCGUGCGUUUACUAACUUAUUAUCCCAAAGCCAUGAUACCUAAAAAUGAUUGGCUCAAAAAGAUAGUUGAGGAGAUUAAGCAAAUGGGUUUGGACCUUUCAAAACACAUGUUUAUGCGUGCUCUCUAUGGGUUUACAUCAAUGAAAAAAUCAACAUGGAAGCAGAAAUUGGAGGCUUAUCGAAGGUGGGGUUUUUCUGAUAAUGAGAUUCUCUUGGCAUUUGGAAGGUAUCCUUGUUUUAUGACAAUGUCUUAGAAGAGGAUAAUGAACUACAUGGAUUUCUUUGUUAACAAAAUGGGUUUGGAACGGGCAGUUAUCGUCUCGUACCCGCAA